GUCCCACUGCUGAGCACAGCCCUCAAUCAACUGGAGUGAGUAUGGAGCUUACUCCAACACGCUGCUCCACUGCGGGGGGUGAAAUUUUAUAUCGGACUUUUCGCGGAAGCUAAAAAUUGGUACAAUCGAAGAGCAAAAGUGCAGUCACUGAGCCCAGCGAAUUAUUUGUAAACAGUGGUGAAAUUAUGAACCAUUAGUUGUCAUAAUUUUAAGAAUGUUUUUGUAGGUGGUUUUGGUCUAUUACAGAAACGACAUGUAACCAGGUCUUAAGCGCAACCAGUUAAUUCAUUACAUAAACUACCUAUAUACGUCUCACUGCUGGGCACAGGCCUCUUCUCAACCAACCGGAGGGGGUAUGGAGCAUACUCCACCACACUGCUCCACUGCGGGUUGGUGGUGUUUUUACGGCUAAUAGCCGGGACCUACGGCUUAACGUGCCCUCCGAAGCACGGAAUUAUCUUACUUUUUCGGACAAUCAGGUGAUUCAAGCCUGAAAAGUCCUUGCCAAACAAAGGACAGUCUCACAAAGUGAUUUCGACAAUGUGCCCAUCGGGAAUCGAACCCGGACCUCCAGAUCAUGAGCCUAACGCUCUAACCACUAGACCACGGAGGCUGUUCAUUCGAAGAGGAUUCAUUACUUUGCAAGAAACUGAUUGGACUUUUGCACCUUAUCGUACAAUAGAAAAGGGGAACCGUGUUACCUAGAAUUUAAGGCGAGCGUAGCCGCGGGUUUAAGCUAGUUUUAAAAUACCUGUAAAUACAGGUUGAAAAGAUCGAGUAGGCGUUAGUCCCUAGUUGUGCGAUGCGCAACGCUCAGGUGGCGGUAUAUAAAGGACGGAUGGCGCCGGAUGGACAUUGUGUUGUGGCAUCGGUGGUGGUGUGGUGCUGAGGAUACGUGAUGCCUGUGAGCGGACGGAACUUAUUAGUCCUGGUGUGGGUGCUCACGCUGGCCGCGCUGGUGACGUCACAGAUCACCUUCAGUCGUGACUGGAGUGGAGGCAAGAGAGCCGAGCCAGUGGAGCUCGACUGCGGACAGUUCGCGCGACUCUGCCGACACUUCGUACACGAGAUGAAGUCGUCGCUGGCGGGCAGGCUGCCCGACUCCGGGGCGAAGCACCGCCACCCGUUAGAAGAGACGCCCCCCAUCUAUGAGGAUGAAUAGUCCAUCGGCACACCAGUAUUCCACCAUCACUUCCAUUAUAUCCUGAUGUGCUGUUCUCUUUAGAAUUAAAGUUCGUCCAGUUAUGAAAUAGAAGGAGAUUCGUCGUUCACAAGUACGCUUUUUCAAACUGUAAUUGGUCACCCAUCGGGCAUCGAAAAAAAAAUGAACGAAGAAGCUGGUACCAGAUGCAAAACUGCCAAUGACAGAUUAGAACUUGAUACACACAGGCGGACCGGAAAUGUGGUAUAAUAUAAAUUCUCCUUAUAAAUCCUCGUGGGGUUUCAUGCGUUAGAUGUCACACGAUAAGGAUUUUCGUAUGGAAUAUCCAAGGUAUGACGCUUACAUACAAACUCUCGUUUCCCGGUCCGCAACGUCCACAACACAUCAACAUUAUUAAGAGCUACGCUCUUUUCGGUGUAUCCAUUCUUGUCUAUCAAAUGCCAAUUCUUUCACUUCCUUAUAAGACACGACGUCCAUUUUCCCUUUAAUCUGUUCCAAAUUUAAGCUGUUUUUGGUCUUUCCCUUCCUCUCUUUCCUUGUAGCUUGUUCUAUGACGUUUUUAAUAAAUUCGUCGUGUCUUAUUAAGUGUCCAAUCAUCAAUGAUUCAUUAGUUUAUUCAUUUUCUUCAGUGUGUAGCACAUACACUGAAGAAAACAUGUAUAUCCGAAAUACAGACGAAACGAAAAAACAGC